AUGCCCCUCGACUUCUUCGGCCACGUGCUCGAAACCGGCCUCCCGAUAUGGGUAACGGACAACUGGUGGUUCAUCACCAAGACUGUCGUGACGGUCACUGUUCUCUUCCUCAUCAAGCUCUGGAGCGCCGGCUCCUCUAACCCGGCCGAGCGGGACAUGCACGGGAGGGUCGUCAUGAUAACGGGCGGGACGUCAGGCGUAGGGGCAGCGACAGUGCUGGAACUCGGCGGCCGCGGCGCGCAAAUCAUCCUGCUGACGCACACCCCCGUUUCGGACCCCUUCCUCGUUGAGUACAUUGGCGACGUACGCGCCCGGACCGGCAAUGAGCUCAUCUACGCCGAGCAGGUCGACCUCGCGUCCCUGCAUAGCAUCCGCAAGUUCGCGACCAAGUGGAUCGACAACUCCCCGCCGCGUCGGCUGGACAUGGUAAUCCUUUGCGCCGCCACCGUUACGCCCGCCGCCGCCAAGAGGACGCAGACGAGUGAGGGUAUCGAGGAGAUGUGGAUGGUCAACUACCUCUCCAAUUUCCACCUCCUUUCCAUUCUCAGUCCCGCCAUCAAGGCCCAGCCCUGGGACCGUGACGUGCGCAUCAUAUUCGCCACAUGCUCCUCAUACAUCGGCUCGGGCUCUCUAAAAGAGCCUCUGACCAAGGAAGACUGGUCCGCAGGCAAGGCGUACAAGCGCAGCAAGCUAGCCCUAAUGGUCUUUGGCCACGCCUUUCAGAAGCACCUUGACGCCUACAAGCGACCCGACGAUCUACCUAUGAAUUCGCGCGUCUUUUUCGCCGACCCGGGCUUCGCUCGCACGCCGGGCAUGCGCCGCUGGCUCUCGCGUGGCACACUGUGGGGACUGUUCGCUUACCUACUCACAUAUCCGCUACCGUGGUUGUUGCUCAAGAGCUCCGAGCAGGGCGCGCAGUCGAUCCUCUACGCCGUCAUGGAGCCGAGUCUCGUGCGCGUCGGCGGCGGGAAGCUGAUCAAGGAGUGCCAGGUAGUGGACUUUGCACGCAAGGACAUCGAAGACGAGGAGGUCGCCAAGAAGCUGUGGGAGGAGAGCGAUAAACUCAUUGAGACGACGGAAAAGAGGGAGGCUACCCUUAGGGCUAUGCGGAAGGAGGAGGACGAGAAGUUGAAAAAGACUGAAAAGGAGACUGCGGCUAUGGUCGACGACCGGAAAGAGAACCGCGCGAAGAGCAGCGAGAAGAGCAGUGAGAAGACCAAUGCGCCGCAAAAGUCCAAGGGCAAGAAGAAGUCCAAAAAGGACACGUAG